AUUAUCCUCAACAACAUGGCUACCCACUGGCAUGGGCCAGACAUUCUAGUAGCUAGAUGCCAGACCUUCUGGUAGUUAGGUGAUAUUCGCGGCGUCGCAAGCAUGAAAGACGACGCCUACUUCUUUGGGAAGGGUGCUAAGAUAUUCGACAGGAACCUGCAGCAGGUUGCAUUCAAAGUUGACCCAUUAAAUCAACGCGACAGUGUGGAUGAGCAGGAGGCCGAAGAAUACCACCCCACGAGCAGUUUUUUGCCGGUUUACCCAUCUAUAGUAUUGUGUGAAGACCUCAACUCGAAUGACGAGCCAGCCAAGGUAGAACUAUCACCAGACUCGUUCUGGGAGUACCUGUACUCAAGUUCCUGGGAUGAAGAGUGCGUGAUACGAGUCCUGGACGGGAAGCUGCUCACCCUCAUCUGCCAGGCUCUCAACAUACUGCAUCGAGACAAGGUUAUCGUCAGCCACAGCAGCUUCGCCUUGGCCAAGAACAGACGUGCAGUACGAAACUUUACUGAAAGCGGCAAGAAAGAUGGCUCUAUUGAUGAAAUUGUGCUUAUGGAUUUAACUUACUAUGCCAAAAGAACCUACCACAGCGGAAUGGACUAUCCGUUCAAGCAUACGACAUCGAAAAUUUUGUUAGACACAGUCAGUGAUCCAAUUAAUUACGAAGAAUAUUCCAUGGAAAUUCAAAAAAGGCUGAAAACCUAUGUGAAAAAAGGUGAUGGAAUGGCACCAUUACCUAUACGUAGUCCGAGAUCAAUAAAAUGUGGUUUCAGUAAAGUGGAAACCGUUGACACAGGUUUGCUUGGUAUGACUGGUCCCAUAACAACAGUGCCACUUUCAUACCUACAGACACUAAUGAACAGCCACUCGCCUAAGCGAUCGAAAUUCUUUAAUAAAAAACAUCAUGCACAAAUAAGAAAAGACAGAUCAAAAUCUCCUUUCGUAGAAGCAAUGCCUAAAGAGUGUGUUAGAAAAACCCCACAACUCGAUAUCAACCUAGGCAUCAUUUUGGAAUCUAACACUCAAAUGACCUCAGAAAAACUUCCAGAAAGUCUAUCUACCAAGUAUCAAGAAGAAGCUGCGUCUUUAGAAUUAAGCUUUGGUGAAAAGAAAUUCUGGAAGUGGAAUUUAGAAGAUAUAUGUUGCAGGAGGAAACCGCCGGGAAGUCAUUACUACAUAAAUCAAGAGAAAUUAGUAAACGAUGAAUUCCCAGAAACAGCUGAAAAAUAUCUUCAAAACAAUAAGCAGCAGCGUCUACUGAAAAGACAAACGAAGAAAAAUGAACAGGAAGAAAAGAUAGAUCGAACGAUGGACAUUCCGUCUGAAACAAAAAUAAGCCUACCCAAAAUUUAUUCCGGACAACCCGAAUCUAUUAUUGGCUCAAUGAAUGCAAUUCCUUCGUUUACGGUCUUUGCAAAAUGGCUCGACAACUGCGAAAAAAUGAAGAAAAGAGAAAGGAGACAAUACAAUAGAAGAGAUAAACGCAAAAAAGAUGGACAGCCAAGCCUUUCGAUUCAAAUGAAUUUAAAUUUUAAAUCUUGGAAAGAAAACAAAUAUGCAAAAUUAACCGGUUUGCCACUUCCUUUGAGCACAGGUAUGACCAAUGAAACUUUGUCUGCAGACAACAGCACGUCAAGUUCUUUAUCGCCAUCCGCUUCUGAUGUCCUAGAUGAUUCAUUAACGCCAACGAGGACCCCUGAUAUCCUCUCACCACAAGACAGUGCUACGUCAUCAAACUCUGCUGAACUAGAUGACGAAAGUUCUGAAGGCAGUGAAAACUUGCCAUUUCAUUGCAAAAUAAAUAAAAACUUCAGCCGUGAAGUGUUUAUAAACAAAACGAUCGAAAGCAAGGAUCCAAUAUUGUUCAAUGCUCUGAAGAAAACUUUUGGGAUCCACAGAGCAAUAGUUAUUUAUAAAGCGUGUCGCCGCAAGAGACGCCCACCAGUACGACUGGUAAAAUCCAUACCGAAAAUGCGGUUUAACAAAACGCGAGCAUCGCUGGAGGAAACCGUUAUGUCAGAGGCCCCAGAAAUGGUACUGGGCAAGAUAAAGCCUUUCAAAUUCUUAGAAUAUCGCAAUUACAAGUCGAAAAAUCCACGAGUUACGCUGCCAGACUUCGCCCUUGUGAAUCACUUGGAGGAUUUUAAACUACGACUCCAAAGAGCAGUGGACGACUUUGUUAUUCGGAAAGAAAACUUCACCACAGACUAUGGGUAUAAAUAUGUGCCAUCCGUGACAUUUACCCGGCCGUCAGUAUUUAGAAAGUUUCGGUUGGCGUAAAGGCACUAAAGCUAGUUAUUAGGCCGUAUCAAAUGUUUUGACAGCUUUUUUACCCUUAUACUUACAUAUACUUACAACAUCUUGUUUAGUUAUUAAUGUCUACAUAAUAAAAUGUGUUUGUGGUU